UCCUCCUAAUCUCUCUCAUCUCAUCUCCAAAACCAACCUUUGAUGGCUGAUGAUAUUAUUGAUUAUGAUACAAAGCUAAAUACAAUUUCCACAGUAACUUCCGCUUCCACACCUCUUAAGCUCUUUGGCUUCAACAUAUCAGAAGAUCACUACAACUCAGAUAUAACCAAAUCUUCAUCUGCGUCGCAAGAAUCCGGCCUCCGUAAAUAUGAGUGUCUGUACUGCUGCCGUGAGUUCAGCAAUUCCCAGGCCUUGGGAGGCCACCAGAAUGCUCACAAGAAAGAAAGGCAAAUCCUAAAGCGUGCACAAGUGCAUGCUAGCAGCCGAAACUUGGCUACUUCACACGUCCAAAACCCGGUCAUAUCGGCAUUCAUUUCACCGUCACACCUCUUCGCCUCUAUGAUGGUUCCGACAGCGGCGCCCCCACAAUCCCCGUCAUGUCUUUACAUGGCACAUGCACCUGUAAACAUAUCGGACCGCGACGCAUAUCUCUCCGGGACUGGCCUCUCGCCAUUAGGGAGGCAUGUCUACCGCAAGGCCGGGAUAGGGGAAUGUUUGAUGAUGAGGGCUUCGUCUCAAGAAGGGGUUGGAAAUCAUGCUAGUUUUUCGCAGGAAGAUGAGGGUGGGAUUAAGCUUGAUAAAGGUUUGGGAUUGAAUUUGCAUCUCAGCCUUGGGCCUGCUUCGCAAUGAUUUGGGCUUCAUUCUAGGACCAGCUUGCUUUGGGUAAAUUUCCUAUUUUUCUUUUUCUUUUUAGACUUUUUUAAUUGUUUUCUAAAUUUCACGGUCCAUGAAAAAAAAUAUUUCAUGAUCAAAUCAAAUAGGAAUCUCAGCGACUAUUAGAACGUUAGCGUCCAAUGUAAAACCAAUUCACAAUAGGUGGAGAAGUCCAAAAUAUGUUUUAAGCACCAAAGUUUCCA